UAAGCCGUGACUUAACCUUUACUAUGCGGUAAAAUUAAACAUAAAAUGGCCGAAACGAAAGUGGAAGACGGGGCUGUAAAUGAAAUUGAAUAUGACUGCAGAGAUGCAAUAACUGACGGCAUAAUAGAUUUAAUUAAACCGUCCGUAAUUGAAGUAGACGAUAGAGUGCGGACCGUUAGAGAAAGCCAGUUGGAGUUACGUCAGCAGAUUGAUUCCUUAGCAGAGGAGCUGCGUAUUAUCUCAGAGCAACAGAAGCCCACAGUGGACUUGGAGACAUAUGUAAAGAAAUUGAACAACUCACGACGAAAGGUGAUGCUCGUCAACAAUAUCUUACAGAAUGUCCAGGAUAGGCUGAACAAGCUAUACAACAAUGUCUCCAAGGAAACAGCCCGACGCAAGGCCACGUUGGACCCUGCAAAGCCAAAGUAGCUGUGUGUCUCCCCUUGACUGUCUGAGGGUGCUUCAGUGAUUCCCAUGGUGGCUCUAAACGUUCAUUAUUGAUGUCGCUCAUGCCAUGGAUGGUUGAAAAUUAAAGCCACACAACUUAUUUGGCAUAGUAAAUUUAAGUAUAAAUAAGAAACAUAUUUUAUCUAUGCCAGUUAGAAUAUUUAUGGUCGUAAUAAGGUAGAAAUCCGUCUUUUUUGCGCUUUAAAAAUAAUCGCAUUUGUUGAAAUGGACGUAUAUGUCUAGAAAUCCUUCUUUCAGUUUUAAAAGCGUUACAGUUUGAAAAAUAAUAAAUACCUUGCUAACUAGGCUAUAGAUUUAAUUUUAUCUAUGCCAAUUAGAAUAUAUCUGGUGGUAACAACUUACAAGGAAGAAAUCCGUCUUUUAUGCGCUUUAAAACUUAAAAAUAAUCGCAUUGGUCAAAAUGGACAUAUACGUAUAGAAAUCCUACUUCCGGUUUGAAAAGCGGUACCGUUUGAAAAAUAAUAAAUGACUUGCUAAUUAGGCUAUAGAUUUAAUGACAAUUUUGCACGCUUUCAAAUUGCAUCUAUAUGUAUUGAUUAACAUGUAUUUCAUUUCAAGGUGUGUGGCUUUAAUGUUUAGAGACAUGAUACAAUUUGGUCAAUUUCAUGCGCUGGUUUUUGAAAUUUAAGGCCUGCAUGAGUUCUGAUAUUAAAUGGGAGUAACUGCAUUUGUUGAACAAAGGGUUAUAUGGAACAUGGAAAAUUUGGAUUUUACCAUAUAGUAUUGUUAAAAAAUGUGACGUUUUAUUCAUGAAUGGGAAAUGCAUACUACCAAGUUGUUUCAAACAUAUGUUUGUAAUGUCUUACAAAUGUUAAGUACUUUCCUGACUGGAAACCAGCAUAUAAUUAUUUGAAGGUAACUCAAAUAUCACUACAUGCACUGGUUUGUACACCAAGAAGUACUGAAUGAGUCAAUGUUAGGUUUUGUAAAUAACAACAGAAUGUUGAGGGACCAUACAAGCAUUCCAAAAUCAUUUACUUGUAUAACCAUGCAUGCUUGCUUCAGAUAGUAAAGUUCUUGUAUUAUAAGCCCUGUCGUUUUUGAUAUUGUUCUUGUUUAUGAAACAUGUAUCAGAUUUAUGUGCAAUAUGAUUUCUAAGGAUAGCAAAUGGCAGGUUGUUAAAAAUGUCUGUGUUUUUGUACAGUUGUAUAUGUAAUUUUACUUAGUCAACAUUUCAAAAUGUUGCAUGCAGUUCUUUAUGCAUGAUGGAUUGCAUUUUAUUGGAAUUUAGAUGAUCAGUUUAAUAAUUCUUUGUUUCUGAUAUAUGUUCAUAAAAACAUAUUUUUAUAAAGACAAAUAUGAUAUUUUAAUAAAUGAUUGUGUUUCUUUCAUAUGAUCAGAAAUUUGAAUGUUAAAGAUAUGUAAAACAAAAUUGUAGUUAGCUGUUUAAUUUCCUUUAAUAUGUUUAACAUAAAUUACUUUAACACACUUUUUUCAAAAGUUUCAUUGAGAUUUACUGCAAAUAAAUACUAUCUUUCCAAAUUGGGAAUUUUAAUAAGAAAUGUCAUCUACUGUUUUACAAUUGUUGUUAAUGAGGCUACAAUUAUAAAUAAUUACAUGUAUUCACAAAGUGUAUGCAGCUCUUCAACUCUUGAAUGCUUUAUGCUGUUAUAUAAAUUAGUUGUUAAAACAUUUUGUUAUUGAAUGAAAUGCAAUUAUAUAUAAAGUGUGUAAAUUGAAA